AUGAGUAAGAGUAUUGUCAAGAAGUCGGGACCUAUGCCCAGACUACCUUCAUUUCAACAAUUAAAUGAUACAAUUAAAGAUUCAUCAAUUAAUACAAAAGAUAUAGAUCAAAAUCAGAAUCAUAAUUCAAAUCAGAAUUCAAAUCAAAAUCAAAAUCAAAAAAUCUUGAAUUAUUCUUCUGCUUUUAAAAAUUUAGCUUUAUAUCAAGAAAGUCAAUCAUCAUCAUCAAAUAAUAUCAAGAAUGAAUUAAUUCAAGGAGAACCACUUUUACCAUUAUUACCAGGAUCAUCUUCAUCAGCUGCAGCACAAUCAAAACAAGAACAACACCAACAACAACAAUUACAAGAACAAGAAUUGACUAAGCAAGACAAUCAACAACAACAACAACAACAACAGAUUCAAGAAUUACAUCAACCAUUACAACAACCUCCACCAAUUCAACAAGGUAAUAAUCUUUUAGGUCCAGAAUAUUCAUAUGGUACUUCACUUUAUGAUCGUCAUGAAAGUUUUCCAAAUCAAUUUUUUUCAAUUAAUGGUAAAAAUGAUUUAAUGAAAACUUAUUCAAUUUCAACAUCUCCUGUAUCAAUUGAUAGUAUGUAUUCACAAAAUAAUAGCAACGUAGUUAAAAAUGAUACAGGAAAUUCUAGUAGUGAUGAAAAUUAUGAAUUUAUAUCUAAUUUAAUACAAUUUUUAACAAAAUUUGAUUCGAAAGUUAAAGAAGUUAGUGUAUUACUGUAUUAUUCUCAUGAGAAUUAUGAACAAAUUAUGAGAAAUGUUAUAAAAGGGAUGAAAAAUGAAAAUGUUUGUGAAUUAUUAUUUAAUUUUAAAAAAAUUGUUGAAUUAUUAGAAAAUAUUCAAGCAAAAUAUCCAUUAGAACAUCCUCAUCGUCAUCAUAAUCAUCAUAAUCAUCAUAACAACAACAAUCAUCAUCAUAAUUCAAAUCAUCAUUUUACUCAUAAUGGAACUUCAAGUAAUUAUGAUCAUAAUCAUACAAAUGGUGAAUCUUUAAAAAGAUCAAUGAGUCAUCAAUCUUUACCAAUUAACGUAAAAAGAAAUAGAAAAAAAUUAUUAAAUGGUAUAACAUUAAAUGAAAAUGGAGUUAGACUUUUACCUGAUGAUUUUGAUCAUUCUUCAAAUCCAAUUUUAUCCAGUAAUGAUUUUAAUGGUUCUAGCAGCUCAAGACAUAAUAUGAAUUCUUCUAAUAAUGGAUAUGAUGAUAUUAAAUCAUCAUUUUAUAAUAAUAAUAAACCAUUAGUUACUUGUCAACAUUGUUUAUCUCAAGAAACUCCAGAAUGGAGAAGAGGUCCUGAAGGUAGUAGAACUUUAUGUAAUGCUUGUGGAUUAUUUUAUUCAAAAUUAAUUAAAAAAUUUGGAUUACGUGGUGCUGAUAAAGUAAUGCUUGAAAGGAAACAAAGUGGAGCAGUUAAUGAUAGAAGGAUAUUAUGA